AUGGUGACGUUGAAUUUAAUGAACUUCAUUAACAACGCAAAUGACGUGUCCCUGCUUGCAUUAGAGCACACAGGCGUGUCACCCGGGUUUUCAUCAAUCAUCACUAGCGCUCGUAUCAAAAACCCCACACAUUUUCAGAGACGACCCCAAACCUCAGUGUCAUCAGAGAGAGGGAACAGACCGAGAAGUCACCGGUAUUCCUCCGACAGACACAUCCCAAAACCUAUCGUUAACGUCACCCUCCCCUUGCACCCAGAAACGCCUGCUCUGCAUGUUUUCUUGCCGGUACCACCCAACCUUCAUCAAAUGGGACUAACAUUGGAGUUAGUGAGUGCGGAGUCACAGAUUUGGAUUCCGGGAGGAGAAGACCGAUGCCAGUCUGGUUUGGCAAUGUCUGUCUGUGUUUGUGGUGUAAGUGUUGCCAAGAGAGGGGAGGUGAAAAACAAGGAAAAGAGGGAAGUGGUGCAUUUUUGGUUCAUUUCACCCUGUCUUCAAUUGCACUUCCGUCCACAUCGACAUCAUUUUCAAAUUCAUAUCUUUUAUAUGUCCACACCAUCUCUAUCUAUCUAUCUAUCUAUCUAUCUAUCUAUCUAUUAUAUAUAA